AUGGCAAGAAGACUCCCUGACAGACCUCCAAAUGGCAUAGGAUUCGGCUCCACUCCAAAAUUGGUUCCAAGGCAAUUAAAUGUCGAUGACGCCAGAAACGUGCUCUCGAAGCCAUUCAAAGUCCCUUAUAAAGUUAGCAAGCCCGCUGGAAGCACCUCUCGAUCGCCAACUGUGCUUGCCAAUACAAGAAGAGUAUUGAGGGAAAGAAAUAAGAACGUUUCCUACAAAGGUCUGGAUGGUGACGGCGCAGAAUUGAAUUCCCUACAAAAUAUAGAUGGCGUGGUAAAUGAAAACGGUGAAUUGAUCAAAACACGACGUAAGGAUGCCCUUAGUGCAAGAAGACUCGCUGAGGAUCCAGAGAGGUUGAGUCGGAUAGAACUGACUUUGAGAAAAACCUUUAACGUGCCAAUUAAAGGCUAUACGCAAAGACACAGUCUGCCGUUGACUUUGGGAACAAAGAGAAAGAUCAUCUCGGAACCAAGACCGUUGCAUGAUCCCUCUGACGAACUUGCUAUUGUGCUAUACGAUCCAUCUGUGGAUGGGGAUAUGAUUAUCCAAGAAGACGCAGAUCAAGUCGAAUCAAUAAGAGAUAUUGCAACAAUGGGCAAUAAAAAAGAACAAGAAAAGGAAAAAGAAAAACAGAAACAAAUGGAAAUAGAAAGAUUAGCGCAUCAACAAAAAUUCUCACAUCGCAGUGUCAUGCCAAAUGGUAUAAGGAAUAAACCGUUAACAGAAUUGUUAAAGCACAAUCUGACUUCGACUGAUAUGAAUGAAAGUGCAAAAAAGUUUCCUAGUAUUCCGGUGGUCUUAGAUCCAAUGCUAGUCAAGAUUUUAAGGCCACAUCAAGUUGAAGGUGUAAAAUUUCUGUACCGUUGUGUAACAGGUCUAGUAAUGAAGGAUUAUUUAGAGAAGGAAGCACUAGAAAUGUUACCAGCUUCAAUAGACGCUAAUGACACAUCAAGAAUAUCUGAAGUAAGUAAUGAAGAUCUUGAAAUGAAGGAUCAAUCAAAUUCAGAAUCUAACGAUUCAACUCCUAAAACAGGUACUCCGUCAGAUACAACUCCAUCUGAGAAAGAAACUCAAGAUAAUUCUAAAAAUAUUGGUGCAUACGGUUGUAUCAUGGCGGAUGAAAUGGGUUUAGGUAAAACAUUGCAAUGUAUUACGUUAAUGUGGACACUGUUGAAACAAGGACCAAAGGGUAAAAGAUUGAUUGAUAAGUGUAUUAUUGUCUGUCCGUCCUCGUUAGUUAAUAAUUGGGCAAAUGAAUUAAUAAAAUGGUUAGGACCUGGCACAUUAACUCCCUUGGCCAUCGACGGUAAAAAAUCAUCGUUAGCUAAUGGUGGUAAUGCAACAGUGUCGCAGGCUGUUAGGGGAUGGGCUCAAGCAAGAGGCAGAAAUAUCGUAAAACCAGUGUUGAUUAUAUCAUAUGAAACUCUUCGUAGAAAUGUGGAUCAAUUGCAAGGUUGUAAAGUAGGUUUGAUGUUGGCGGACGAGGGUCAUAGACUAAAAAAUGGUGAAUCAUUGACAUUCACUGCUCUAAAUAGUAUCGACUGUCCAAGAAGAGUUAUUUUGUCAGGUACACCGAUUCAAAAUGAUUUAUCCGAAUAUUUCUCAUUAUUAAAUUUUUCUAAUCCUGGAUUAUUAGGAACAAGAUCAGAAUUUAGAAGAAAUUUUGAAAUUCCAAUUCUGAAUGGGCGUGACUCAGAAGCUAGUGACGAAGAUAUCAAGAAAGGUGAACGCCAACUUCAAAAAUUGUCUCAUAUCGUUUCCAAAUUCAUUAUUAGACGUACCAACGAUAUUUUAUCAAAAUAUUUACCAUGUAAAUACGAACAUGUUAUUUUUGUAAAUUUAAAACCUUUUCAAAGAGAUGUAUACAAAAGUAUUAUUAAAACUAAAGAAGUUGCAGAAGCAGUGAAAAAUUCCAAAAAGGGAGGUUCGAUGAUGUUGAGGUCGAUCGGUUUAUUGAAAAAGCUAUGUAAUCAUCCGGAUUUGAUCAAUUUAGAAGAGGAAUUGGAUAAUUUAGAUGACUCUUUGGUUAUACCUGAUGAUUAUAAUAUUUCUAAUGCUGCAAAAAGUAGAGAUGUUCGUAUUGAAUUUUCUGGUAAAUUUGCAAUUUUAGAAAGAUUUUUACAUAAAAUCAACACAGAAUCCAACGACAAAAUUGUUUUAAUUUCAAAUUAUACACAAACUUUAGAUUUGAUUGAAAAACUAUGCAGGCGUAGACAAUAUGGUGUUUUACGAUUAGAUGGUACAAUGAAUAUAAACAAAAGACAAAAAUUGGUCGACAGAUUUAAUUCUCCCGAUGAGCCGGAAUUCAUUUUCUUGUUAAGUUCUAAAGCAGGUGGAUGUGGUAUUAACUUAAUAGGUGCUAACAGACUUAUAUUAUUGGAUCCUGAUUGGAAUCCAGCUUCUGAUCAACAAGCUUUAGCGCGUGUAUGGAGAGAUGGUCAAAAGAAGGAUUGUUUUAUUUACAGAUUUAUUUCUACCGGUACUAUUGAAGAAAAGGUGUUCCAAAGACAAUCUAUGAAAAUGAGUUUAAGUUCUUGUGUGGUUGAUGAAAAGGAAGAUGUAGAGAGAUUAUUCAGUACUGAUAAUUUAAAACAAUUAUUUCAAUUAAAUGAAAAAACGAUCUGUGAUACUCAUGAAACGUAUGGUUGUAAACGUUGUGAUCUUUCAGGUAAACAAAGAUUAAAAUCACCUACAAUGUUGUAUGGUGAUGCAACAUCUUGGAACCAUUUAAAUCAUCAAGCAUUAGAGAAAACUAACGAUCAUUUGUUGCGUAAUGAAUUCGGUUUUGAUGACGUUAGUUAUGCAUUUCAAUAUAUUUCCCAUUAA